AUGCUCCCACCCUCCCUCGUCCGUCCGAGGACGCCCCCCACUGUACACGAUGGCGCACUGGUCAUUCCAUUCUGGCCUGCGUUCGGCCCAACGCGCGCAUACUGUGCGGCUGGCAGGUCCUCGUCACCGAGCGCGCGCCCCGCUAUCCCCGCGCAUUCCGAACGGGACCGAAGUGCGCCUCGGUGGAUGACCGGGCGGCUGGCGCAUGUCUCGCAUCCAUCGGAGUAUCCAGAGAGAGGGUCCAAAAGGUAUAAAAGCCCGCUCGUUUGCAGGCUGACCGACACACAAACUCUUCCACCUACUGCCACUUGCCUCUUGACGAGCCAACACUUGUAUCUUCUCAGCACUACUAUUCUCUACCACCCACUACCAUUCAUCGCAUUCAGUAUGAGAAUCGCAUCUGGUUCAUCGAUCCUCUUCGCUUCGCUCGCCUUGACCGCCUCUGGUGCUCCGGUCAACGAAGGCAACGCGGAAUCCCACCCCAACUCUCCCCGACCCUCAGCGUCGGGCUCGAUGGGCGGCAAGGUAUCUGGCGGCGCCCACAUCGGUAGAGGGUUACCCUCCACUAUCGCUGCGCGUGAUGCAUCCCCUCUGUGCAGCCUCGAAGGCAUGGUCAAAGGUAUCCCUAUCAUCGGAGACCCUGUUGCAGGCAUAGUCAACACUCUUGUUGGCGGGUGCGACGCGGGUGCCUCGUCCCAGGCUGUGACGACCCAGUCGCUCGCGGAUACGGAGUGCAUCGUCAAGUCGAUCGUAACCUCUCUGCCCUCUGUUGGAAGCUUGCUAAGGCCUAUCAUCGAUGGCAUCCGUCUCUGCCCCGACGGUGCUGGAGCAGAGAGUGUCAAUGCCCAGAGUGCCGAGCCCCUUGACGCCGACAAGCUGGAGCAGAUCGCUGCUGCCGUGUCACAGGCAGCGGCUAGCAUUGAAGCUGCCCACAGUCAGCCAACCGGCAAGAGCAGGCGCCAGCUCCCCGUUCCUGAACCAGCUCCAUCUACCACAGCUAGCUCUUCAAUCGCCUCAGUCUCUUCGAGCGGUGUGGCGGAGAUGGCUAUGCCUACUCCCCCGAUCGUCCUUCCCGUCAGUGCGCCUGGCGCGCCUGCCCUUCCGGUGCCUCCCAACACCCCCGAGUCCUCUUCGUCCUCCACUAUGCCCUCCUCUACCUCCCUCUCUCCUCGUCAGCUCCUUCCAGUGCAGUCUAGCUCGGGCGCCAUGUCGAGCAUAACUUCGGACAGCGCUGCUCCGACGCAGAUGGCUCGUCGCACCGAGGAUGAAUUCACUACCACCACUGCCUCCGACGAAGUCCUCCCAUCCUCCGUCUCACCCUCUACCGCUCAGUCAGACGCUUCUGCUGAGCCUACGCUGGGUGCUCGCCAGCUACCUCCUGCGCUCCCUGUGAACCCCCCUGCGCUCCCAGUGAGCCCCCCUUCUCUCCCCAUAAACCCCCCUUCUCUCCCCAUAAACCCCCCUUCUCUCCCCGUAAACCCCCCCGUGAACCCCCCCAUGUCUUCCUCCUCGACGUCUUCUACCGUACCCAGCGACGCCUCCUCCACGGGCAUGGCUCAGAGGGACCUCCCUACUCCUCCCGCUCUCCCAAUCAAUGCUCCUGUGCAGCCUCCUAGCGCCCCGGUCUCGCCUCCUAGCGCCCCAGUCUCGCCUCCUAGUCCGCCCUCGGCACCUGCUCCCGCCAAGGACGCCGCCGGCAAGACUCCUGCAAGUGACGCACCCGUGUUUCAUUUCAUGGGCGUCGCUGCAUUUGGGCCCGAGAUGACUGCGUCGCAAUCCGCAUCCAGCGCCGGCUCGACUUCGACUUCUGCAUGA